GAUCGCCAUCAAAAGACUUUUGAAGUUUGUUUUCAAAAUGCAAAAAAGUUUGAUCUAAAUUUGGGCGCUCAUAAAACAACCCCUUUAAUUAAUCAAACACUUAAUAAGAUGCUUUAAAUUCACAGUUAAAUGGUGCAUAAAGAUUCAUUCACGUAUGAUCGAUAGAACAAACACAUAGGAUUUGUAGCUUCUAUCUACUAAAUGGUGCUUUUCUUUUUUUUCUGGAGCUUUGUGUAGUUAUGGUAAAAUUUUAAAUACAAAAAUGAGUGCCAAUAGUGAGGAGGAUAAGGACUUACAGAAGGGUGUUCCCUUGGACUUGGCAAGAACUCAGAUCACAGCAGUGAGGACUGUGGAAAGUAAUAAAGCUCCUUUGGUGAUGACCAGCCAAGCCCUAAGGUCUGUGAGAGUUUUGACUCAGAAUGUUUCGUCUAGCAGCAAUCCUGCCGGUGUAGGACAGACGAUUAUUACUAACUUGGUGCCAGGAGCAGUAAUAAAACAAGAUUCCGGUCGAACCCAAAUAACCGGUAUAGUCGGUGGAUCACAAUCUCAGAACCAUCCCCAAUCUACCGCAGGGAUUUCAGUGCAAAGGCCCACCCAAAUAACCCUAUCGGCCACCCCUUUAGUUGCAGCCCAAAAUUCCACAGGAACCACAUACCAUGUGCCUAGAGGACCAGCGGUUGUCGCCAAUCUUGCCGCACCUAGAAGUAACGUUUCUACUGUGAGAACUCCACUUGUUGUCACCGCACAGAAUAGUCAGACUCAUUCUUUUGUUAGGCCACCUAGGACUCCGAGUCCAGCCCAGGGCGGCACUGCCUGGCAGCUAGCGACCAGCUCUAAUAAUCCACAAUUAAAAGUCGCUUCCACCGUUUUGAGUUCUCCAGUUAGAGCGACAACAAUCACAGGAAAACCGCAGGCUGUUGGACGACCUUUACCGAAUCAACCCAUACAGACCGUUAAGCCUACCAUAUUAUCUAAUGCGAUUACUAUCGGACAAACAAUCCAUUCUUUCAAACCGGCUCCGGGCGGGACGAUGCAAAUUGGCAACACCGUCACGUUGGCUCAGAUGUUGCCGGCUCGUACGCAGGCUGUCGUCUACAGUGCGAACACCGCGAAUCCGCAGUUUACGCCUACGGCGCGAAUUACCGUCACCACGACCGCACAGAGUCAAGUCAGACCUUCUGGCCAUCCCAGACCUUUGGGGCCGAUUGUAAGUGGGGCCAGAUUAGCCGUGCCGAUUUCCCAAGUUCUAGCCGCUCAAAACUCGCGGCUAGUAACUGCCUCAUCUGCCAAUUUAGGUACAAAUCAGAGGAUAUCGGUUGCCUCUAUUAGUCAAUCGCAACCCGUGUUAGCCAGUACUACGAGAUUGGUCAGUACUCAGGCCACCGGUAAUGUCGUGGGGAGACUUGCUGUAAAUAAUUCUUCGACGGUUGCCGGGACAGUGACAAACUCCAGCAAUAUAUUGACGAGUCAAGCCAGGAUUUCGGCUCUAUCAACGUUAAAUUUACAGUCGAUCAUGGUGGCCAAUGGUAAUCCCGGAACGAGGGUGCAGACCACGCAGGGUCCGAAGGUUAUUACACAACCGACAGCUACGAUUCAUUUGGCUCAGAUACCAACGGAAUUGAAAACUACCUCGUCAGGAGCUGGUGCUGCUGCAACGAGAACCAUUAAUGUGCCAGCAUCAAUAGUAGCCCAGAGACCCGGUACAGGGGGGACCCCACAAGCCAUACCCAUAGCUAAAGUUUACACAUCAAAUGAUAAUCAGAACACCCCUGGUACCGCGAGUGUUUUAAUUCAUGCCUCUCUUGCGGCUCAGGCUCCCAGACACGCGUCACCUGGUCCGCAGCAAGCAACGAUAACGUCAGUACCGUCAGCGAAUACGCCGUAUUCGUUGGCGAACCAGGAAACGGGCAGUUAUUUCUUCGAGAACGCUUCCACGGCAUCAGGGGCUUUCCAGAGGACUUUUGUGAGCCAACAGGCGGGCUCGUUUAUAGCCCAACCGCAACAGUCCGCUCAAAUUAUUAAGCCGUCCGUUAGUGGGACCAAUCAGCAAUUUCAGGGGGUCAGGUUAAAUUCGGUGAUGGUAGUGGAACAAAGUAGAGGUCAGCAACUAUCUACCCAGUUUCAGCCGAUCGCGGCGAGUCAAGCGGCCAAUGAGCAACAUCGUAGCGGCAAUAUCGACACUGCUCAGCACCAUAACUCUCAGAUGACUCAAAACAAGAUGAAUUCAUCCCCUAGGCCCAGCAUUUUACGUAAACGGGACCACGAGGGUUCUCCAUUAAAGGCGGCGAAAAAUUUGAUUCCCACCCUACAGAAUUCGAGUCAGCAGCAAGUGCCUCAUCCCCUCGCAUCUCCCCCGUCGCCUCCCAGACCCGAUUCUAGAGGAAACGGUCACACUUCAGGUGGAAGCACGACCAUUUCGGCGACCUCUAGUCCGGGAUUACCGGAGGUCAAUGACGACUGUAGCGAUCCGGCCGUGAUGUUGAACAACCUUAAGGAGGAUGAGGAGGAGGAGUCGUCGAAACCGCCUAUGGAGAUGAGUCCAAGGAAAAAGCCGAGGAAACAACAACUAACUGGUAACGACGACGAAACCCACGACGAUAUGCAAUUUAUAUCGGAAAGCAGCGCGGUCAAAAAAGAGAAUUACGACUCUGACGGACCGCGUUCGGACUCGACACCGAAAGAUGGCGCGCCCGAGGCACCUGUCGUUACCACCAUCCGAAAACCGGCGACCGCAAGUCUUUUGAACGGCUACAGACAGACGUGGAAAGCGACGCACAACCACUACCAGCGGUAUACCGAUGUGAAACCGAAGGACGAGAGACGUCCCACCAUCAUCGAUCUGGCCAAUCAGAAUAAGGUUCUGGAAAAAGUAAACGGAUGGAAGGUGUACCAUUUGUCCACCCAGAUGGAUGAUCUGGCCGAGCAAGAACAAGGCGUGUACGAUCAAUUGACUGAACUCCUUAAAUUCACCGAAUCCGAGGAAAACUCUAAGCCAAACGGCAAAGAAGUGAACAGGGUGAAUGAAUUGAUAAAGGGUAAUUUGCAGAGGAUUAAAAUCAUCAACGACGGCAUGCAAGACGCAAAAUCUCAAAUAAUGAAGGUGUUCAAUCACCAGCGACACGUGAACGACAUUUUGAGCAGGUGCGCCAGUAAACGGAACUUUAAAAAGCGAGAAAAACCGUAACGGAACAAAUGUAUAUCGCAGUUUGCCGAACGUCUGUGUAAUAUUUUUUUGUAAAUGUAUUUAUUGAUUUUAAGAACUACCAAGUAGUGAUAGAUGCAAUCCUCUUUAUCAUAAACACGUUUUUAUAAAGCAUUUUUCUCAAGAAGAGUUUAUUUAGCAUAAGCGUAAUAAUUUGACUGUAAGUAUAUUAGUAUAUUGUGUUAAAUAUAUAGCGAUUUUAUUAUGAAA